CUCAAGGAUCGCACUCAAUCCCACACACCGCUCAAGGGAAGGCGGCGGGACUGUCCUACCUUGCUGCAUAAGAAAAGACUGAAUGGUUGAUCGAUUGAUUGAGCUAUGUAUUAAUGGCGCCGCAGCUGCAACGGUCAUAUGGCGCCAAGCAAGGUGCGACAGGAACAUAGCAACAGUGAAUCACGUGAAUUGUUAAAAAAGUGAGAGGAGAGUGAACGAUGGGCGAUGAAUACAGUGAAUUUAUUACCAAAAACACCUAGAUAUCCCUUCGAAAGUGUGUUAAUGCGUAAUGAUGAACGAGAAAAAAAUAAUACCGUGAGCUGUUUGUUAGUGUCGUUCCUUUCGUGUUUAUUUUCGUUCAGUGCUGAUUGUAUUUUUGGUGUUUGACUAAGGAUGACGUGAAACAAUAUCCUCGUGUGACGGUGAGGGAAGAAUAGAAGAACUUUCCUGAAGCACAAAACGAACGAAAGGAAAGAACGAAAAUGAAGAUCAGUGACGAGACCGUGAUGAGUGAAUGAGUGACUACCUGUACUAUACUGUGCCUGCUUACACGUGUUAAGGAGUGAAGUAUGAGGCAGGACCCGCAGCGGCCUCACCACCCCUCGCAUGUUUCUCCGAAGAGCAGCAGUGAGGUUCAUGGCCAAAGGUGGCAGCAAACAGAAAAGAUCAGUAAGAUUCUCAGUCUUACGACCUCCAUACACCUACCUCCGCUACACCCCAGGUCUUGUCGGCAUGACAGGACUGGAGGGAGCAGAGAACCACCGCUCCCGGAGGCGGGGUGGCCGACGGCUGGGCCAGAUCAUUGUUCACUGCAUCCGAACCUUCACCCUCAUCAUUACCUACUACGCAUGUUCCAUUGGUCUCACUUUUUAUCAAAAGAGGUUAUUUAAGGACUUCAAGUUUCCACUCACAGUAGUCAUCGUGCACCUAUUUAUGAAGUUUUUGUUGGCGGGGCUGUGCCGGGCGAUCUACACCCUGGUGACGGGCGUGCCGAGGGUCAUGCUCGCCUGGGAUGUAUACUGGAGGAAGGUGUUGCCUCCAGGGGCUGCUGCAGGCCUUGACAUUGGCCUCUCUCAGUGGUCUUUGGAGUUUAUAACAGUGGCAUUGUACACAAUGUCUAAAUCCACUGCACUAUUAUUUAUUUUGGUGUUUGCGAUAAUCUUCAAACUAGAAGAAAUGAGUUGCUCAGUGGUGGUGCUGGUGGUGCUAAUCGCAGGAGGACUCUUUCUCUUCACCUACAAGUACACACAAUUCAACCUGUUUGGUUUUAUCCUAGUCAUCACAGCCUCUUUGUUAAGUGGCCUGCGGUGGACACUUUCCCAGCUGGUGAUGCAGAAGGCCGAGCUUGGCCUGAGCAACCCCAUCGACAUGGUGUACCACAUUCAGCCCUGGAUGACAGUAGCACUGCUCCCUUUGGCUGUGGUCAUGGAAGGCACUGCAAUAGCAGCCAGUGAGUACGGCUUCAGGUUCACAGACUCAGUGGACGCCAUGCACAUGUGGAGCAGAGUCAUGUUUGGCGCCGUCCUGGCCUUCUUCAUGGAGGUGUCUGAGUACCUGGUAGUUUGCUUCACCUCAUCCCUCACUUUCUCAAUCGCUGGGGUGGGCAAAGAGAUCAUGACACUCUCCUUGGCUGUAUAUAUCGACAAUGAACACCUGUCCUACAUUAAUUUAGCGGGUCUGAUGCUGUGUCUCAUCGGCAUCACUCUGCACGUGGUGAUGAAGGCCAUCCACCCCCCCAAGACCUCGCACCACACCCAUGCCCCGCUCUCCCCCACCGACUCCCACCAGAAGGUUCCCCUGCUAUCGGACACGGACGGGGAGGAGCACGAGCUCUUUAGCCGGUAGUGGGAGGGAAGGAAAGGAGGUGGGUUAGUGUAUAAACUUGUUACUAUGCUUGUUGUUUAUUGUUUGUGUCUGUCGUGGUUUCCUCAGCGGUUAUUUUGUACGUGUGCGAGUUCCCCUUUGUGAGCGUCAUUGUUGUGAGUGUGUGUGUGUGUGACUGCAAUAUCUAUUUUUGUGAUAUUUAUAAGUGACAUUGUACAUUUAAAACACCAUACAGCUAGUGUUCAGGAUUUUUUGUGUAUAUAUUUGGUUUUGGGAGUAAUGAGGUGCAAAUGUUUGAUACAGUGGAAUGGUGAGGUUCUAUAUAAUGUUUCAUAUAUUUUAUAUUACGAUGAAAUAUUUCCUAAUAAAAUUCAAAAUGUAACUGCUAGUCAUCUUUCAUAUUUUGACUGAGUAGCUUCAUUUCAUUUCUUUCCAAUCCUUCACAUAUAAGAGCAAUACCACAAGUAUUAAAAGAAACUGUGGCAAUGCCUAAAAGUAGUGAGCCAAAUUUAUGGCAUAUGCAUAAUUGUUAGAGUACAGACUUUCAUAACCACUUUUCUUCAUGUUUUGGCAAAACUUUGAACAAAUUUUCUUGUGGCAUACACUGUUACAAAGUAGGCUGGUACUCCUUGUCCCAUUGUAUUUCUAUUAUUUUUCCCUAUAUGCAGACCCUAAUGUGCUUAUAGCUGAAAGCUAUCUUGAAGGGUACUAUAGUCCAUUCACUCAAGUUGGAUUGAUUCCUGCCCUGGCUGGUUAAGACAUUGCUGAUUGGCUGUUGGCAGGCUGGGGGGUGUCUGACAUCUCCGUGACCCAACACCCUCACAAAGAUUAAAAAAAUAUUCAUAUUUCUUACUUAGUUCAUCUGUUUCACAAAAUUGGCAAAAGUAAUUACAGUGGGUAUAAGCCAAGGAAUAAUAUUUAUUGGAUAUACAGUAGACCCUUCAUUUAGCACAUUUCUACUUAAGAAUUCCCUUAUAGCGCAAGACCUAAAUUUAGGACACAUUUUCCAUAUAACACAUUUCCCCUCAGUAUAACACAAAUUAUAUUUGGGGCAUAAUAAAAAACACUGUGCAGCAGUGAGGCCUGUCAGUUAAAAAAAACAGGAACAAGCUAAUUUACUGUCUUCUGCUUGCAGGAACAGCACUAGUGGCUUAUUUUGUACCUCUUUAAUCUAUCCCUUGAGGUUACUUCACAACAAAAAAAAGUUCCAUCAGUCUCAAAUUGAUAAGUCUCAUUGAAAUAACACCUCCUUUUAGUGCCAAUUUUAUUUAAUGUGAAUUUCUUUGAUACCUAUCUCAUGUCAAAUGGAGGGUCUACAGUACCACUUCUUACAAAACUUAUUUUUCUGAAUUAUACUCCCCAUAAUCAGUUAAUUUUUUUUACCAUAAUGAGCUAUACAAUCACUUUAAUCCAAUGAAGAAAACAAAAUUUUCUGAACCUACACGUGUGUGUUGGGCGACAGGAACAUCAGACACCCUGCACACCAACAGCCAAUUAGCAGCAGCCUUACCUACCUGUCUAGGAGUUUGGGAUCCAGUCUAAAAGAAUGGACUAUAGUGGUCAGCCCAAGCUAAUUGUCACUACACAGCCAUAUUCUUUAUGGUGACAAUGAUAUGAUUAUUUGAUAAUAUUGAUAAUAACAGAUGUCUUCUGAUGGGUUGUAAGUGGAAUGAGCAAUGCCAUAGAAGUACCUGCUCCAUGCUAUCAAGUCAAGGCCAGUUGCAUCAUGCAUUUGUCAUGCUCCUAGCCAUUCCCGCCUUGACAGAUUUUUAUUUAGAGACAACCCUUCCUGCUGCAAGGAAUCAAGUGAUCAUUACAGGUUGUGUUCAAAAUUGGGAAUCAGAAGACCCCAAAUAAUAAAGUCACCAAUGAGCUCCCAUUUCCGUGAUGGUGAAUACUCAGACAAGGUCACUGAGAAAGCCCUAAAUGUAGCAAUAAGGUCAAGUGUUGCCCUUAUACUAUUACUUCUGUAUUCCAUCAGUCUUGCCAGUUUAUCAUCAAAAGACAUGUAUCCUGGCUACAAGAAUUAGGAUAUCAUGGUGAUGAUGAAAAUGAUAGUGUGUGUGUGCUAUUAGCCUUGAUCAGGUGUGGAACAAUACCAACGCCAGGGCUUUAUAGCAUCAAGGAACCAACAAGAACACUUAGUCACACAUUAUUUUUAAGUUUCAACUGUGUGUUUUUUCAUCCUCUUUCCUUUAUGGAUUUUUACCACCUGUGCCAUGACAAGAAAAUACAAAGAGGACUGUAGUUAUGAAUAUCUGAUUCUGUAUUUGAAACCUGUGAAGAUUCUUCCGUUAAACCUAAGUUACUUCCGAUAAAACAGCAAAACUUCCCCUUUACGUAACUCCAUCGCUUCUCCCUUCUAUCAUGACCCUCAAAUGCCAAGUGGCAUGUAAAGUGCAUAUUGACACUAAAAAGCAAAAUAUACAUGUAUGAGCAGUAUUAUUCCAGGUAAUCAAUGAGUUGAGUGUCUGCUACUUUAGUUAUGUCAGAUGACAAAGCAAACCGUGUGUCACUCAUGAAUGCCAUGGCAAGGGUAUGCGUAUUGAUUCAUACAACUUGACUUCCUCCCAGACAGGCUCACUGCCUUCAGCCAAACACUGUCUUCCCAUAUGUGCUCAGAGAUUAUUACUAUAGUGUGAAGUUUUAUGACAGCUUUUUAUUAUUAUCAUAGCAGCUAGUUAUUUUCAUAUUUGUUUUGCAUUUGCUCUGUUUCUAAGAAGGGAACUUUGAUUUUGACAGAUCUAUAAGAGAUGAACAUGUGAAUAUUUUAGUUCUUUUUAUUCACCAUUAUUUUCCAUUUUCACUGGUCUAUUGUAUGAUCACAAUUCAUAAAAUAUCUUAUUACCAAGAAACAGUUUAUAAACUUUGGUUUUCCCUGUUUAUACAGUUUACUAUACAUUCUGCAAGAAGCAAGCACAAAAUAAUACUUUCUGUUGUAUCCCAUGUAAUACUGUACAAGCAUACUGUAUGUCAGAACAUGACAAAAGAAUCAAGAAAGUAAGGAAUUUUUACUGGCUGUUUAGCUUGAAAAACAGUUAGCAGUGACUUUACUUGUAUCACUUAAAAUCCACAUCAUUCCACCAUUCACCAUUGGGACCAAGCCUGGGGCUCAAACAGCAGGCAGACACUACCAGUGGACCAUAUGUAUUGUUUUUGGUUUCUGCCCUUCCCCAACUGCCCAGCUUUCUACUUAGUGUUGCUGCUAAUGAAUGAACAUUCCUGACCUGUACCACCCAUAUCUAUCUCAGUCUGUAACAUUCCUCAGUGUACAUCAGUAUGCAUAAUAUUUUUAUCAUGAUAAUUUCCAAUAUCUAUAGAUCUAUAGAUCUUCAUUCACAUUUCUUAUUAUUUGAAAGGUGUCAAAUUGAGUGCAUUUUCUGUAUAUUUUGUAUAUUGAACUUCAAUUUCAAAACAAAAGGACCGAAGUGUACAAGAAACUCUAAUACUAGUCUUAACACCAUACAAA